CCUCCCGCCCGCGCUUGAAAGUGCCGCGCGCGGCGCACCGCCCUCUGACCCGGAAGCGCUGGGCGCCGGCGGGGCGAGACGGCCCGACUUCCGGCGCCUGCUUCCGGCGAGGCCCGGCGACCUCCGCGGGGCCAGGCGGGUGGCGAGUCGGGGCCGCGGCGGCGGCGGCGUCCACGCUGCGGCCGCGCUUGCUUGCAGCCCUCAGCCCCGCGCUCCGGCCCCGCGCCGCCAUGGGCAAGAAGCACAAGAAGCACAAGACCGAGUGGCGCUCGUCCUACGAGGAUUAUGCAGACAAGCCCUUGGAGAAGCCCCUGAAGCUGGUUCUCAAGGUUGGAGGAAGUGAAGUGACUGAGCUGUCGGGGUCUGGGCACGACUCCAGUUAUUACGAUGACAGGUCAGACCACGAGCGAGAGCGGCACAAGGAAAAGAAGAAGAAGAAGAAGAAGAAAUCCGAGAAGGAAAAGCACCUUGACGACGAAGAAAGAAGGAAAAGAAAGGAAGAGAAGAAGCGGAAACGGGAAAAGGAGCAUGGCGACUCAGAGGGAGAGGCCGACGACUUUGAUCCCGGCAAGAAGGUGGAGGUGGAGCCGCCCCCCGACAGGCCCGUGCGAGCGUGCCGGACGCAGCCAGCUGAGAACGAGAGCACACCGAUUCAGCAGUUACUAGAGCAUUUUCUCCGCCAGCUCCAGAGAAAAGAUCCUCAUGGAUUUUUUGCUUUUCCUGUCACGGAUGCAAUUGCUCCCGGAUAUUCCAUGAUAAUAAAACAUCCCAUGGACUUUGGUACGAUGAAAGACAAGAUUGUAGCCAACGAAUACAAAUCAGUCACAGAAUUUAAGGCGGAUUUCAAACUGAUGUGUGAUAACGCGAUGACCUACAACAGACCAGACACUGUGUACUACAAGUUAGCUAAGAAGAUCCUUCACGCAGGCUUUAAGAUGAUGAGCAAAGAGCGGCUGUUAGCUCUGAAGCGCAGCAUGUCGUUUAUGCAGGACAUGGAUUUUUCUCAGCAGGCAGCUCUUCUGGGCAACGAAGACACAGCUGUUGAGGAGCCCGUUCCUGAAGCGGCACCUGUACAAGUAGAAACUGCCAAGAAAUCCAAAAGGCCGAGUAGAGAAGUUAUCAGCUGCACGUUUGAGCCGGAAGGAAAUGCCUGCAGCCUGACUGACAGCACGGCAGAGGAGCACGUGCUGGCCUUGGUGGAGCACGCAGCUGACGAGGCUCGGGACAGGAUCAGCCGGCUCCUCCCAGGGGGCAAGAUGGGCUAUCUGAAGAAGGACAGUGACGGCAGCUUGCUCUACAGCGUGGUCAACACGGCCGAGCCGGAUGCCGACGAGGAGGAGACCCACCCUGUGGACCUGAGCUCGCUCUCCAGCAAGCUGCUCCCUGGCUUUACCACACUGGGCUUCAAGGAUGAGAGAAGGGGCAAAGUCACUUUUCUCUCCAGCACCACCACCGCGCUUUCAAUGCACAGCAAUUCCGUGUUCGGCGACUUAAAGUCGGAGGAGAUAGACCUGCUGUAUUCCGCCUACGGGGAUGAGACGGGUGUGCAGUGCGCGCUGAGCCUGCAGGAGUUCGUGAAGGAUGCCGGGAGCUACAGCAAGAAGAUGGUGGACGACCUCCUGGACCAGAUCACCGGCGGGGACCACUCGCGGAUGCUGUUCCAGCUGAGGCAGAUGUCGUGUCUGCCCCCACCCCACACUCGUCGCUUCUCCGGGACUGUGACACGCGGCCGGCAUCCUGGCCUGUCCCGAGUGCCGGUAAUGCUCAGCUCCUGUCUCAGUCUCUUGUCCCUCCCUCAGGGGUGAAUGCUGUCUGUUGCCGUGGCUUCAAGUUGAGUGAUCUGUUUUUGUGCCUCAGCCACAUUUGCUGUUAAGCUCAGCCAGUGAAGGCUUCCUUUGAGACGCCGUGUUGUAGGUCUAGGCUCUGUUUUCUUCCUUCUUAGGCCUUCCCUUUCACGUUAUGUUCACGCUUUCCUUUAAACUUUUGGACCUAUUUCUCGUAUCUCCCACGGCUGCUUUGAAAGUCCUUAUCCGCCAAUUUUGUCAUCUCUGCCAUUCCUGGAUCUGCCUUUUGGUAGAUUUUCCUCUGCUUACUGUCCACAGUUUGCUGCUUUAUUGUUUGAUUGGGCCCCGGGCAUUACAUUGUCGAGUCUCUGCUGUCUGGACUGGCUAUUACUGCCGCCAGCAGUCAUAAGUGACUGGCGGAAAUAGGACUGUGGUUGGUCUGAAUUAGAUAUGAUGAGAAUGUGAGCUGCGGACCAGAAUUUUAGAGACUGGUGCGAAAAAAGAAACGUAAAACUAUUUCAUUAUUUUAUCUGGAUCUCACGUUAAAAUAAAAGAUGUUUUCGAUACGUUGGGUUAAGUGAAACGUGUCAUCGUCGACUGCGUGUUAAGAUUAAUCUUAAGCAGGCUACCGGAAGGUUAGGUGGGUAUGUGCUCACGUUACAUUACUGCUGGGCGAGGCUGGCCUGGAUUUUACUGUGUUCCUUUAAGAAUGUUGAUGUUCAUUUUGGCGGAGUUCUUAGGAGUCAUCUGAUUUCUUGGGAUUUGUUUUUAAUUUGGUAGGGUGGGUUUCAGCGGCCUUUAUGUUGGGUGAAUUUGGCCCUGGUCCCAAGGAAUGGCCUUUCGGGGUCUCUUGUGGUGGC